AUGGCUACAUCAAUGGCUUCCAUUCGGGCAGCUACUUCCCGCCCCAUGAGAAAUGUCAGUUCCUUCUACACCAACUAUCUCGACAUCGUCCAAGCCUCCGGCGAGCAGACCGGCCGCGAAUCGACAGACUACGACGAAGAGAAGCAAUUGUCAUCCGGCAUGGACUCUCAACGUCAACCAUCAAACUCCACCUUCUCCUGGCUUACCGUGAAGGCGGAGAUUAUUAUUAUCCAAACUUACGCCGUCCUCAUUUUCAUCAGCGCGAUGGCCUUUAUCUACUUUACGAGACACGUCGAACCCUCAGAGAAAGGUCCCAUGGAUCUCGCAAUGGGUAUCACCCUUAGGGCCUACGAUAUCAAGUGGGCGGGACAGGGAACGGUGUCAGAGGGCGCCGCAAAUGUCGCUGCAGAGUCGGUUUCGGAUGAGCACUCCGGCAACCACUGGUAUGAGCCGUGUAUCUCCCCCAAGGCUAUCGAUACGCUGGUCAAUAUCCAGCUGGGCGUGUUCACCGUCGCCUUUUGGCCUCUUGCUCUGUGCUGGAGCUUUGGACUCCUGUGUUGCGAGGAAAUCGAGGACGUUGACGGAGAGAUCGCUCUCGGUGAUGAGAAGGAGCCGUUGCUCGGACGGAAGCUGACUGCGGCAGAGAUCGUGGCGAUUGAGAAUGAGUUGGCGGCGGCUCAGGUGCGGAAGAUGUAUAAGGGCAUGAUGGUUGAGCAGAAACCGUAUGCUCCUCUGGAGCAAUAG